AUGUUCGUGCAGGAGGAGAAGAUCUUCCCCGGCCGGGUGAUCAGACUCCAUGUCUGCACCAUGGAGGGGGCGGAGUGGCUGGAGGAGGUGACAGAGGAGAUGACACUGGAGAGGCUGAAGGAGCAAUGUCUGAGACAUUGUGCACACGGAAGCCUAGAAGAUCCCAAGGUCUUAACACAUCAUAAGCUAGUCCAUGCUGCAUCAGAGCGCGUCCUGUCUGACACCAAGACUGUCGCAGAAGAAAACCUUCAGGACAGAGAUGUCUUACUGUUAAUUAAGAAGCGCGCACCACCUCCGCCACCCAAGAUGGCUGAUGUUUCUACAGAGGAGAAGAGAAAGCAGGAACAGAAAGCACCAGACAAGGAUGCCAUCCUCAAGGCCACUGGCGGUCUACCUGUUCGCAAUGCGGACCGUUCCGUUGCUCAUCACAACAUGAGAGAUUUUCAGACAGAGCUUCGGAAGAUUUUGGUGUCCCUUAUUGAAGUUGCACAAAAGUUGUUGGCUCUAAACCCUGAUGCUGUUGAACUCUUUAAAAAAGCAAAUGCCAUGUUGGAUGAAGAUGAGGAGGAUCGGGUGGAUGAAAUAGCACUAAGGCAGCUGACAGAGAUGGGAUUUCCUGAGAGCAGAGCAGUGAAGGCCCUCCGGUUAAAUCACAUGUCCGUGACACAGGCCAUGGAGUGGUUGAUCGAGCACGCAGAUGAUCCAGCAGCAGACGCUCCUCUCCCAAAUGACAACAUGUUGGAAGCAAUGGGAGAUUCGGCCUCUGAUGACCCCAGAAUCAGCUUAGGAGCCACAGCAGAGGAGCCAACAGAUGAACUCACAGAAAUCUUUAAAAAGAUUCGAAGGAAAAGAGAAUUUCGGCCUGACCCUCGGGCUGUCAUUGCUCUGAUGGAGAUGGGCUUUGAUGAGAAAGAAGUGAUUGAUGCACUACGUGUGAAUAACAAUCAGCAGGAUGCAGCUUGCGAGUGGCUUCUGGGAGACCGAAAACCAUCCCCGGAGGAGCUGGACAAGGGAAUUGACACAUCUAGUCCUUUAUUCCAAGCCAUCCUAGAUAACCCCGUUGUACAACUAGGCCUAACCAACCCUAAGACCUUGCUAGCAUUUGAAGAUAUGCUUGAAAACCCCUUAAACAGCACGCAGUGGAUGAAUGACUCUGAAACAGGUCCCGUCAUGCUGCAGAUUUCUAGAAUUUUUCAGACCUUAAACCGCACGUAG